ACCAACAUAAUAACCCUUUAACAAGGGCAAUCUGGUCUUAGGAAGAUUACAAUAAUCUUCGCGCAAAUCCGGUGUCUAUCUAGCUCUAUAUGUAAUCAACCAUGUAGCAGGAUCACCCAGUUUAUUUCCGUAUGAUCGAGAACCCCGUGCGUCAUUCACAUCAGAACGUCACUCGUUCAACUGUAGCCAGCACCCCUGCUUGUGCAACUAUACCCAACAAUUCCUCUGUACAAUUCGCUGAACCCAACUCCCCGCCUGUACUAUCUCAGCUAGGAGCUGCGGGUCAGGAUCGGAGCAGGGAGGGGCAGCGGAUAUUCCUGUCAUCGCUGCUCAACCACAGAGGGGCAAGCUUCUCAUUGUCGUUUUCACCAGGGACAAUAUCUGCGGUCAGCUCGCUCCUGUUAGCCCGCAGACAUACCCAGUAUGGACCAGUUGGGUGGGAUCAGCCUGGUGAUGACGAUGGUCAUUAUGAUCUCAGGGACCUUAGCUGCGGACUCUGAGGAGAGACUAGUGCGCAUGCUCUUCAAUGAAAGCGCCUACAACUCCGGUGUGAGACCUGCGCAGACGCCAGGCGAGGUGAUCUCCGUGAGGGUGACCCUGGCCGUGUCCCAGGUUAUCAGCGUGAUUGAGAAAGAAGAGGUCAUGCGGACGAAUGUGUGGGUGCAGCAGGAGUGGACCGACCCAAGACUGAGAUGGAACAAGGAAGACUACGAUCACAUCGACCUCAUCCGGGUCCCUGCAGAGGCACUAUGGCUUCCGGACAUCAUGCUUUUUAAUAACAAAGACGGGCAGUAUGACGUGGCCCUGUACACAAAGGCGUUGGUGUAUGACUCCGGCUAUGUCUACUGGCUGCCUCCGGCCAUCUUCACCAGCGAGUGUUCAAUCAACGUCCGCCACUUCCCCUUCGACAAGCAGAACUGCACGCUACAGUUCGGCUCCUGGACUUACGACAAACGGGAAGUGGAUCUCCAACAGGGCGGGUACAUCACAGACGACUUUAAGGAAAGUGGAGAGUGGGCGAUCCUGCAAAUCCCGGACAGAAAAAUCGAGACCGACGAUAACGUGUUUAUUGCAUAUGACUUCAUGUUAGCCAGGAAGCCGCUGUUCUACAUUGUGAACAUGAUCGUGCCCAUCAUCCUGCUGACCCUGCUGUCCAUCCUGGUGUUCUAUCUGCCGGUAGACUGUGGGGAGAAGGUUGGACUCUGCAUCAACAUCCUGCUGGCCCUGGUCGUGUUCUUGUUGCUGAUCGCAGACAUCAUCCCCUCGACGUCCCUGGACAUCCCUCUGAUCGGCCGGUACCUCAUGUUCACCAUGAUCUUCGUCACUAUUGUCACGGUCAUGACUGUUUACGUGGGAAACAUCCACUUCCGCAGCGCCGCUACACACGUCAUGUCGCCAUGGAUACGGUUCGUCUUCCUGAACCUGCUGCCGAAGCUGAUGAAGGUGCCGCCUCCAGGUGAGGAGCAGGAGGAGGAGGAGGAGGACAGCUCUCCCACCUGGGACGCUGUGGAGAUGAGGAAGCGGGACGGAGUCAUUCAGAACGGCCGACCUCCCGUCCCGCCCCGGGCCGACCAGCCCAAACUGUCGUCUGACCUGAGGGAAGCCGUGGGAAACGUGGAGGUCAUAUCUGACCACUUCAAAGACCAAGACGACGACUCAUCGGUGAGUGACGAGUGGAGGUUUAUGGCCGCCCUGAUUGACCGGAUCUGCCUGUGGCUGUUUUCCAUCAUCCUGCUGGUAGGGACGGUUGUGCUGUUCGCAGAGCCCUGGUACGAGGAGUCGUUCCAGUAGCGGGACCAGACCCCCAUAGAACUGUAGGCUUCAGUGUGCCAAUUAACGUCUAUAUCAGUAUAGACGUAAUGUAUCCAGCUGCUGCCGUGCCUGCAGAACUUAAUACGUGUUACGCCGUAGGGCUGUUAUGCCAUGUUCGCUGAACGACCUGCCACACCUAACCUUUGCACACCAAACUCCAAGCGUUGUUGAAAGCUAUCUAGUAAGCAUGCCUUACUGUUCUUAAACAGAAAGCUGCCAUAUAUGAUGAGUACAAAACGCACCUUUUACAUUCGGUAUGCCCCAUCAAUUCAGCUGGACACCACAAUAGAGUUCUGAUUCAUCUCUCUGUUUACGUUUGGUAAAGAAUGGCGUUGUCACAACCCUUGCACGUUCAUACAACUUUGUAGCUCUUUCGUAGCUCUUUCAGAGGAUGUCACACGUCGUCAAUGUAUUUCAAGGGACACUUGCGCACUACAGGGGCUGUCAUCCCAAAUCUUUGAUUAUUUGCCCUUAGCGUUUCAAGAACAGAUUCUAAGUACACAUACUAAUAGAGACAUUGUUCGCGGGGAUAAGCUGAGAUUUAUUUCCAAAUGCCACACCUUCCACUGUACUGAAUUUCUAUACUGAAAAUGCCUAUCUGUGAACUCUACUAAAAUGCUUUGCUGUGUACGCUGCUGAAAAUGCUAUACUGUAUACUUUACUGAAAAUGUAAGACUGUAUACACUAAUAAAAGUCCAUGAACAUUUCGA